AUGAAAAUAUCAUUUAAAUUAAAGACAUUUUAUUUAAAUGAUAUAAACAGUGAUCAAAAGUCGACUUUCAAAGAGUAUCUCGAGAAACAUGGUGCUACCAUUGCCAAAAGAUUCUCUAAAAAUGUCGAUUAUGUAAUUGCAUCUGGUGAGUCUAUCAGUGCAAAUAAAUAUCCAUUGACAAUUGCAACUGCAAAUAAUAUACCGAUUAUAAAUUCAAAUUUCAUUGCAUUUAGAAUCUCUGGUGGAGAGGUUAGUUCACCUCCAUUGCCAAGCGGCGGUAGCAAUAACACUACACUCACAACAAGUAAUAAUUCAUUGAGUCUAUCAAGUGCUUCAACCUCGAAAUUACAUACAUCUAGCAACAAUAACAACACAACACAACUUGUACCAAGUAGUUUACUUUUAGAUCAAGUUGAAGCUGAUCCCGUUGUAACACUUUUAGUUCCUCCAAGUGGCAAUAAUAUUGGAGGAUAUCAAGUAACAGUUUUUGGAGUUGGUUUCGCACCUAAUCCACAGUUUCGUGUAAAGUUUGGAUCGAUCUUUGCAACCAACUAUGAAUUCCAUUCGAAUUCAGCGAUAUUAGUUACAGUGCCACCUGGAAUUGUAUGUGCUCCAGGUAAUGUACCAGUUUCUGCAUCGAAUGACGGUCGUUCCUUUGGAUAUCCAGUCACCUUUAUGUUUUAUGACGCUGUCAUCUACAAGGUGCCGAGUCCAAGCGAACAAGAAGCUGUCAUUGUCAAGUCACAGCUUGCAAACAUCAAGCGUGCCAUCCAUAACAUUCAAAACGUAGAAUCUCUACUCUUAAAACGAUUCGCUACACUCAGUGAAGAGAAGCAACAACAGUUGUUCUUGAUGCCCGAGAGCGGUGCUGCUGCCACUGCCACCUCAUCGGUCGACAAGUCGCGCGCUAUCUCACUCUCUGGCUUUAGCGACGGUUCGAAUAUGGAGAUUGAGUUUGAGUCGGACGAUGAGGAUUCAUCGGUGUCGUCAUCCGACGAUAAGGCUGACCAGCACGGUGCCGCCGGUUCGUCGGACGAGUUUGAAGGUCGUGAAAUUAGAAUAUUCAUCUCCUCGCCAUUCAAAGACAUGAACUUGGAUCGUGACCAAAUCGUUAAGGUCGUCAUUCCAAAGAUUAGAAAGAUCUGUAUUGAGCGUGAUAUCAUUAUUAGCUAUGUCGAUUUGCGUUGGGGUGUCACUGAGCAAGCACAGAUCGGAUUGUCGAUGUGUUUGCGUGAGAUGUCCAAGUGCAAUUUGUUGGUCGGUCUCUAUGGAGAGCGUUACGGCUGGUCGUCUCAGGAGCGUGCAGACCCGCGCACUCAACAACUGUUGACCGCAACCCUCGACAAGGCUGCCUCUGAAUACCCAUGGGUAAACAAACUGCGUGAUUGCUCGAUGACUGAGAUUGAGUAUCGUGCAGUUCUCUCUGGACACGUUCCAAGUUGUCAACAGUCGCUCUUCUACUUCCGUGAUCCAUACUACAUCGAAGAGGUAUCACAAAAGGAGAGAAACAACUUUGUAUCAGAGGGACCGCGUUCCAAAGAGAAGUUAGACAAGUUGAAAUUGGAACUCAACAAACUCUCUGGAGCCAAUGGUAUUCGUGUGGCAGAGUACAGACGUCCAACUAACUUGGCCGAUGUGCUCUACGAAGAUCUCGAAAAGUAUAUCGAUAAGAAGUUCCCAGCCGGACACGAACUUGCUCCGGAUGACAAGGAGCGUUUCCUCCAUGCAGUGUUCUCAAAGAAUCUCUGUAAGAACUACAUCAAGAACGAAGCCAACUUUAUGUCGAUCGAUACAUUCCUCACCAGUAACAAGAGUAACGUCCUCAUGGUACACGGUGAUGUAGGUUCCGGAAAGAGUGCUCUCCUUUGUAACUGGGUGAAACAACACAAAGAUCAACAUCCCGAGGAUAUUAUUGCCACUCACUGGAUCGGUGCGACACCAUCGUCUUCCAAACACUCUGGUUCACUCAUUAGAAUCAUGAUUGAGAUUAAAGCUAUGUUGGAGAAGGAGACUGCCAGCUCCUCAAAGGAAGCAUCGUCUUCGCUAUUCAAGGACACCAGCAGCUCGUGGAUCCCAGAUAUUCCAGAUGCCAACUCCACUUCGGAAAAGAUCACUCAAGAGUUUAGCCAGUUCAUUUCAUUUGUAAUGACACAUCCAUCGAUGUCUGCACGUCGUUUGGUGAUUGUAUUGGACGGUCUCAACAAGUUGGACACACGUGAUAACUCUGCCGAUAUGAUUUGGUUCCCAAGAAACCUGCCAAACAACGCCAAGUUUAUCAUUUCAUCGACAACCACCAGUCGUCCAGUUGAGGUAAUGAAGAAGCGUGGAGUUUCAUUCUUGCAUAUCACUCCACUUCCAGAAGCCGAAAGAAAAGCAAUGGUUCGUCUCUACCUCAAUCGUUUCGCCAAGAAGCUAUCGGACCAACAAGAGCUGCUCAUUGCUAAUUCCAACUCUGCAUCGAAUCCACGUUUCCUCCAGUUGCUAUUGGACGACAUCUGUGUGUUUGGUGACCACGAACGUUUGAAUGAACGUAUUCUCCGACUACUAAAGGCAAGAAACACCGCCGAACUCUAUGAGAUUAUUUUGGAUCGUAUUGAAACCGACUACGAUGUCAAAGGUAAAGGUUUGGUUCGUGACUUCCUCCGUUAUAUUUGGGGAGGACGUAGAGGUAUUGAGAUUGAGCUACUCACUGCUCUCCUCAACAAGAAAGGAAUCGAUCCUCUCGAAUGGAAUUCAUUGUUGGUUUUGAUGGAAGCCUAUAUCUCUUCUUCAUCUGGUCUAUUGUCGUUCCUCAACGACGACAUUGCUGCAGCCGUCGAAAAGAAAUAUAUCACAACCGACAAGAUUAAGAUUGAAAUUCACGCGGAUAUUGCUCAGAUGUUCUUGGAAUCAACUGAUUUGAACGAGAGAAAGGUUGAGGAGCUGCCAUUCCAGUUGCUCCACUCUGAGAACUGGGAAGAACUACGUGCUUGUCUCACUAAUCUAUACAUGUUUGAUAAGCUCUAUGCUCCAAGACAUCGCAGUGAUCUUAUCAACUUGUGGAACAACCUCGAGAAGCAGUUCAAACCACCAAAGAAUGCUGCUGAGCGUAACGAUCCAAUUCCAUACAACGCCACCAAGGAGUAUAAAUGGUUGAUCGCCCGUUCAUUCCCACAGGCAUCUGGAUUGGUUAUUUCCGAUGUUUUGUAUAACGUUGCCAGUUUCCUUGAGGAGAUAUCACAAUAUGAAGGUGCAGAGGCUCUCUACUUGAAGGCACGUGAUCUCUAUGUAACCAAUUCACAAAUGAUUGAAGCUGCCAAAGUCGAUCGUUCCAUGGGUCGUAUGUAUCACACCAAAUGCAACCACGAUAUGGCAGAUGCCAAGUUCCGUCAGGCUCUCUCUAUCUACACCAAAGAGCGUGGUGCCGAAGACAUUGAGGUGGCUGCCACACUCAACUUACUCGGUUCACUCGCCUGCACUAGAAAUCUACAUGCCGAGGCCAAACAGAUGUUGAACGAAGCCAUGAGAAUUGUGGAGCCACGUUCCGAACAAUAUCCAUUGCUACUCUCUGACAUUGCUUACAGUCUGGGUAGUGUACACUUUGUUGAGGAAGCACGUCACCUCAACAUCGCUGAAGACUACUUUAUCAAGGCAUUGGAAAUCAUCGAGUUGAAACUCGGUGACAUGGACGUCGCCUAUGCCAGAAUCAUUACACGUCUUGGUAGUUUGUACAUUGAAAAGGAUCAAUACAGCGAUGCCGAAUCUUGUUUCAAGAUGGCGUUGAAGAUCUACGAAGGACGUUUGGGAUUGGAGCAUUCUCGUGUCGCCCAAAUUCUCAGACACAUGAUUUCUCUCUACGAAAUGCAAGAGAACUACAAGAUGUCCGAGGAGUGCGCACUUCGUGCUCUUGCCAUCUGCAGAAAGAUCUACGGACCAACUCACUCGCAGGUCGCUGCCAUCUUGGUGCGUCUUGGUAUCGUCUACCAAUCGAUGGAGAAGAAGGAGCAGGCUGUCCAGGUGUUGAACGAAGCACGUGGAAUCAGAGAGAAGGAGUAUGGUGUCAACCACAAGAUGGUGCAACAGAUUGUCGCCAUCAUCAAGGAUGUCACCGCUCCCAAGAUUGUCAAACCACCACCUCCUCCACCACUUCCAAAAUUCCUUGUAUCAAAUCCACCUCCAACACCCGCUCCAGCACCAGUACCACAAGCUGUCCAAACCAAACCACAACACCCACCUGGAUAUAUUCCACCACCACCACCUCCACCACCCGCCAACUACAAAGCAAACCAUCACUAUGCCAACGAUCUUUCUAUUGGCAAUGUAAUGAGAUCUGGAUUACCAACAAUCGUUCAACCGGUUGGAUACCUUCCACAACCAACACCAGCUUAUCCACAACAACUUCAACAACAACAAGUGCAACAACUUCAACAAUUACAACAACAUCAAAUGCAACCACCACAAGUACAACAACAACAAAUGCAACUUCAACAAUUACAACAAAUGCAACAACAACAACAACAAAUGCAACCACAACAGCAACAGCAACAACAGCAACAACAACAAGGAUAUGGUGGAUACCUUGCAUCAUAUCAACCACAUCAACAACCAACCAAAAAGAAACUUUCAGCCAAUGUCUUGCAGCAACAACAACAACAGUUGCGUUCAAAGCAACCACCACCUCAAAAACAACCAGAAUGCGCAUUCAGUGACAUGGUUGCUCAAUACAAUCAACAGAAUCUACGUAAGGCUGCUAAUGUACAAGACAGAUCCGGUGCCUCUGGCGCAGUACAAGCAAUGCUUGGUGAGAAACAGAAUGCCAAACCAAAUGCUUUCAACAAUAAGUUGUUCAAUAUGAAAUCAAAGAAGGUUAGUUGUUCAACAACAAAACAACUUUGA